AUGCACAAACGAUUUCGUUGUGGUCUUGUAACGUUAACCAAAAAUGGAAAAGUAAAAAAAAUUGGUCUUGAUAAUAGUGGUGGUUCACGUUGGUGUGAUUGGUUUAAUAAAUCGAUGACUUUAAAGGAUGUUCAUCGCCUUAUUCGCAACAUAUUCAAACUGGAAGCUGAUACUGAAUGUGAAACAUCGUUAUACGAUUUUCAGCUGCAGCCACUGGAUGCCAAUCAGUAUCGAACGUUUUUUGAAUACAUUCGUGAACAAGGUUUAAACCGUGCAAGCACCGUUAUCUAUGUUUGCACGCAUAAAGUAAUAACAAUCCCGCAAGAAAGUCUGUUGGCAAAUGAGAAAAAAGCUAAAAAGAAAAAAUCGAAUACACCAAUCUCAAGAGAAGAAACAUCUGUACAAACAAUCACAAGUUCAUCUACCACAUCGAUAGAAUUCAUGCAUGUUGAAGAUGAACAAGACUUCGAUCAACAACAAAUUGCUAAGGAAGAUAUUCGUGAUUUGCUUAGUCAAAAUGAUUAUGAUUUAGUUUUAAUUAGCUUAUUUGAGAACACUUCAUUGAUUCAUGAAUAUUCAUGUUUAAUAAUCGAUGUAUUAAAACAACGAAUUGGAUUAUCAAAAACAGAUUUUCAAGCAAUCAAACAAGCUGAUAUUACGUUUAAUUCGAAUUGUUUAAAUAAUACUUACAAUAUUUGUGAAUUAACACUAGAAUUAUUUCAACGAGAAACGCAUAAAUUCAGUCAUAUACAACUUUAUUCAAUGAUUUGUGAAUCAUUUACAAGUUUUUUUCUGAGCCUACAGAUUUUACGUACUCAAUGGUUUAACCGUGUUGAAAAUUACGACGAUGCUAAUUUUGUUUCAUCUUCACUUGUUAAAUUAGAAGCAUCAUCAUUAUCGCAGUGUGAUCUUGACAAAACUAUUGAAACAUCCCGUCAAGAUCAUAGAGAAAAUGUUAACUUAUUUCCACAAUUGUUGGAAUGUGCAAGAGAUUUAUUGUCUGUUAUGCAUGGCCCAAGUUUAUCAACAUUUUGUGAUAUGAUUCAAUCAAUAAUCGUCGAUGUUGAAUCCAUACAAUCAACUAUUAAUAUGUGCGAUCCAAAAUCUAUAAGUAGUGCAAAACAAAUGAUGGUUUCCGUCAAAUUCCGAUAUACAAAAAUGUUUGACUUCAAGGCAUUUAUAUCACCUAUAUAUCAAAUAACUCGACCAGCUAAACAAGCAUAUCAAAAAACAUUAACAGAAAUAUGUGACUUAAUUUCAUAUCUUACAAAUUAUCAAGUCCGAUCGGUUAAACGAAUAUUAGAAAAUACGGAUGCUGAUAAUCAUGAUCAGAUUAAAAUCGUAUCAGUUAAAAGCGAAAGUUUACCGCAUCAUGUUGGCAUUGGAAAUAAAUCUAACUAA